AUGGUUUCGCCGGAUAUCCUGCAACUUUGCCGAUGUUUGAAAGACAUCACCACUUGUCAAUCUCGUCAUUGGGCCUUCGACUUUAGAGAGAUCACAUACAAAGUUGUACCGAACCCACGUGCAAAGUGUACAUAUGCCUGUAUCGCAUCCACAUUGCGGCUUCGUGAGUCCGUUAGACUCGCGGCCAUGAGCAAGUUCGGGUACGAAGUUUAUUCCAAGACACCUUUCCUAGUGCGAGUGAGAAGUCCAUUCGUGCGAACUGCUGCAGAGCAUGGUAUUCCAAAUGUUCAAGCCACUGCCACCUGGACGAAGUCCGCGAUGGGUGACCAAGUAGUUCACGUUUCCGAGUCUGGUGUUGUGCAGGACCUCACAGAAUCGAUGACCACACUAAAUCGAGGGGGGACAGCGACCUCGUGCGUACCUGUCAUGACUUGA